CGGGGCAAGCGUGCACUUGAUUGAGAAAUUUGUAAAUCUGGAUGCCACGUAUGUAAUUACUUACAUAUGUGUCGCCAUCGUCGAUUUACAUGGAAAGAUCGUAAUAUUCCAGAGAAAGGGAACCUUUCGGAACAGGGGUCGGCCCUGAUUCUAUGUACUCACGCUACCUAUAUGGAAUGGUAAAAGUAAAUAGGCCAGGACAAACAGGGAACGCAGGGGUAAAACGAGUUCUUUUCAUCAUUCUUAAAGCUGCAGUAAGCUGGGACGUUUAGGGAACGGUUGUUCAGGAAUCGUAGAAACUUCACCAAUAGGGAACAGAUUUUACAUACGGCAAAUCUCACACGUUCCCGUUGCGUAAGAUCGUUAAAACACGUCCUUGGGAUCUGCUUGGUGAAAGCAAUGGAGAGUGGGAGGUUGGAUUUAGAUAAUGUUGAGGCGAACGGUAUCGCGAAAGAAACGGCAGUCGUUGCUACGUACAAGACACUCCCGGACGACGACGCGAACAAGCAAAGUGUAACGGAAAACAACGUUAUGGGGAAACCGAAUAAUGAGAACGAAGCCGACGAUGGGGUUAAUGAAAAAAUGCUCAAGGAUGAGAAUAAGAUCUCUCCCACAAAAGAUGCGACCGAGGUAAUAUUUAUUUCGGAAAAUGGAGAUGCCAAGAUCGAUAUCGAGACGGUGAAGCAAGCCCUUUCGGGAAUGGGCAAGGAAGAAUUGAUGAAAUUCGCUAAUGAUCCAUUUUGGGUUAAAUUAAGAUGGUUUUUAUUCAUUACUUUUUGGUUACUUUGGCUUGCCAUGUUGGCUGGUGCCAUAGCCAUUGUGGUGAUGGCACCGAAAUGCUCAGCACCAAAACCAAAAGAAUGGUGGGAGAAGAGUCCUAUUGUCCAAUUAGAUUCUACAGAAACAAAUGGUCACACCUUGAAAGAAAUGGAAUCGCUCUUGGAUACUCUGAAAGAACAAAGUAUAGAUGCAAUUUCUUUUCCAUCGAUAGUUAAAGAAAGCACAACAGGUGGAAUAGAAGACUUCAUAGAUGUUAAAUCAAAUUUGGAAACUAUAAGCGAUCUGGAGAAUCUUAUAAAGGCUGCAAAAUAUAGGGAUCAGCAUAUUAUUUUAGAAUUGGAUCCAGGCCAUACGUCGACUGAACAUCCAUGGUUUAAACAGUCUGUGGAAAAGAAAGAUCCAUUCACAUACUACUACGUUUGGGCUGAUGGAAAAACAACCUCUGAUGGUAGACCCAGCCCACCUAACAACUGGCUGAGUUUAUAUGGAGGAUCGGCGUGGGAAUGGAACCAACAAAGAGGACAAUAUUAUCUUCAUCAAUUCAAUAAAAGUCAACCUGAUUUGAAUUACAAUAAUCCAGCAGUAACUACAGAAUUUGCUGGCGUUUUGAGUCAUUGGAUAAAAUUAGGGAUUGACGGAUUUCGUUUAGCCAAUACACAAUACUUGACCGAAGAUCCAGAACUUCGCGACGAAUUUAGAAGCACUAUUCCUACCGAAGCGGAUAAUUAUGAUUCGUUGGUCCAUGCUUAUACAAGAGAUCGUCCAGAGAAUGGUGUAGUCUUGUCAAAAUGGCAAGAAACAGUUUACAAUGAAACGGACAAUAAGGGGUUGUUCGCUCUUCAAGAUGACAUCGGAGCCGAUAUGUUACAAGUUUAUAACGAGAAAAUGAAAUUGAUCGAUAUCCCGCAAAAUUCACAAUUCCUUACAACCGCUAAUAGUAGUAUAAAUGCAACAACUUUACAUAAAGCUAUCUCGCAAUGGCUCAAUUUUACUUCUUGGCCUGCUUGGGACCUCAACGGUAAACAGAAUAACAUGAGACAAAGAAUGCCCGCGGAUAUAGCGGAUAGCAUAACUCUCAUGACGUUACUUUUACCUGGAACUCCAAUAUUUAAAUUGAACGACACUUUAUCUGCGAGAGAUGCAUUUGCAACCCUAUCUAAAGCGAGGCACAGUUUAACGUUCCUUUAUGGAGAAACUACGCUUAUGACUGUUAACGGGACCGUAUUUGUGUACACAAGGUUAAAGAGUGGCAAUCCUGGCUACUUGGUAGCGUACCAAUCGGCGGAAGAACCUACUAUAGUUGACUUGUCCGGGGUACCACAAAUUUCGGAAGAAGUUAGCGUGGUCGCGCAUAGUCCUAAUUACGUACAAGAUGGUGACACAAUGAGAACAAAGCUGUUCUCUAAUAUGGUUCCUGUAUCGGCUAAGAGUACAGUUGUUUUAACGUUUGUGCCAAAGAAUUAAUAAUUGCAGCACAAUGAAAUAUUUUACUUCUUAAGAAUAAUCGCUUGUUUAUUAUCUUCGAAUAAUAGCAUUUAUUUAAUGCAGUUAUGUAUUACUUUUGUGAAUUGCAAGCGUGUACGUAUAAUUAAAUGUGAUACAGCAA